UGGGUCUCUUGCAAUCUUGCCAUCAAUUCGUGCUUAAACACAUGCAUGCAUGCGUACGUGCAGACUUUACAGCGAUGGUCGACGCAAAACCUCCAUUGGUGUGCAUAAGCUUAGAGACAUGCAUGCAAUAUUUGCUACCUCUUGAUUUGCAUGGUGUAUGUAUGAGUCGUGUGUUUCUUGUUCCUGACUAACAAAGGUCGCCUUACGAUGAUGGAGGCGGAGCAGCAUCAGAUGAUGGAGCGCCUGCCGCCAGGCUUCCGGUUCUUCCCGACGGACGAGGAGCUCAUCACCUGCUACCUCGCCAGGAAGGUCACGGACGCCAGCUUCACCGCGGCAGCCAUCCGCGACGUCGACUUGUACAAGUCCGAGCCAUGGGACCUGCCAUGCCAGCAGCAGCAGGCGGCGGCCGGAGGAGACCAUCAGCAGGAGUGUUGCUACUUCUUCUGCACGAGGGGCAGCAAGUAUCCGUCCGGCGUGCGCGCCCGCCGCGCGACACGGCUCGGGUACUGGAAGUCGACGGGGAAGGACAAGGCCGUGUACAGCGGGGCCGGCCGCCUCGUCGGGACGAAGAAGACGCUGGUGUUCUACGGCGGCAGGGCACCCCGGGGGAAGAAGACCGGCUGGGUCAUGCAUGAGUACGCGCUCGGGGAGAGGAGCAGCUCCGCCCUCCUCAGAGGAGCACAGAGUGAGUGGGUCAUUUGCAGGGUGUUUAUGAAGAAGCAUCCGACGAGCGACAAGUGGGUGGAAACGGAGACAGUGCGUGAUCAGCACGCCUCUCCAGGUCAUCUCUUUUCGAUGACGCCGGACAGUCGUUGCAACGGUAAUGGUGAGCAGGACCCGGCGGUACCGGUUUUCUCCGACCCACGGCGGCACGCGGCGGCCAACCACUCCGGUGCCCAUACCAUGGAUGGCGACGUGAAGGACCAUCAUCAUCAUCAUAUGGGACAUGAGUUGCUGGCGGUGAACCACAGUAGUUCAAGUUGUGCCUCGCCAUCUUGGCCUAUCCAUGAUGACCAGCUGGGAGCGCAUUGCUCCACAUUGCAUGUCAUGCAGAUGCAGUCCGAUCAUGCAGAUUAUUAUCUGCUAGAGUUUCUGGAGUAUGACGGCCUCUGAAACAUACUUACAAAUACUCACGUAUCUAUAUCGGAUAACUUAUCCGAUAUGCGCUGGAUAUUCAGCGAAUAUGUAUCCACAAGUAUUCGAACAAAAAUAAAUAUUAAAAAUUUGGAUACUCAUUGUAUACUUGUGGGAUACAUUUAGAAUACGGCACAAUCCAGUCUGGUCCAGUCGCAUCUCCCAACCGCAUAACUUAAUGACAUUGCAUCUCCUAGCACAUCUCCCACUCCCAGCCGCAUCUCCCUCGCAUCCCUCUCAUUCGUCACCACCACGCCCGCAACACCGGCGGCGACACCCUCCACCACCUGCCAACGAUGACGGCUACGACAACUUGCCGGAGCGCAGCGCUGAUUUGCAGGACACCAGCGGUGAGGUGGACCGCCGUGCCGAGAUCACCUCCGCCUCCAUUGGCUCUCUUCACCUCGACGGGCUCUGUUGGAACUUUGGUUUUUGAAAGCAAAUAUAUUCCAUGCGUGUGACCCCAGAUCCAUAGAUCAAAUGGUCAAUAGGGUACAUGUAUGCAUUAGACAUGAGUUCUGACGGACGUGCAUGGAUGUUUUAUGUUUCCUAAACAAAACUGCAAAGCACUUGCAAGGUAUGUGAG